CCACGCUCCAGCGCGCGCCCGGCACCGGGGAGCAGUGGUUACUGGGCGCUCCCGGAACCCCAAUACAAUCCAGCCUAAAGCGCGCGUGCUCCCCCCGGGUGGAUUCUCUGUUUGAUGGUGAAUGCGACUCCGGGAUCUGCGAAGGCGUUAGAGGGAUCCGGGCGUUGGUGCUGAGAAACCUAAGAGUUUUGGAUAACCAGCCAAGAGUUCACAUUUAUCAACCAAGAAAACGAAAAUGAGCAGCCGACGGAAGCGUGCUCCCCCAGUGAAGAUGGAUGAAGAAAAGCAGCAGCAGCUUUGUUGGAACAUGUAUGAAGACAGAAGAAAUGAACCUCUCACCUUAAGUGAUGAUGAGCAGCCCUGUCCAGGUUCAGACUCCUCUUCUGCUCAUUGCCUCAUCCUGGAUGAGAGCCUAAAGGAAGAAGUGGCUCACAGAGAUAAGAAGAGAUGUACAGAGUCAGUGAGCACUUCAAACUCUGUUGAUAUGGAAGAGACUAUUGGUAUUUUUCCCUCUUUGUUUAUAAAGUUGAAUAUUGUGAUAGCUCCCUAUCACUUAGAUAAUUCCUGGAAAGCAUUUCUAGGAGAAUUAACUCUUCAGCUUCAUCCUGAAGAGAGUUUAACUGAAAAUUUUUCUGAAAGGAGUUUUACAUUAAUGAGUUCAGAGUCAAGCAAUCAGUUACUGGUCUAUGUUCAUCCAGAAUGUGGAGAUGUGGAGAAAGAAGAAAAAGGGCUAAAUGAACCAGUCCGUUUUUGUGACAAGGGUAUUCAGGUAGAGUCAUCCUUCAGUAGUGAACUGUUAGAAGAUUUGGGGUGGCUGCAAAAGAAGAGAAGAAUAAAACUUUACCAAAGACCAGAAGGAAACCAUGUUAUCAAGGUUGGAAUUUAUCUUUUGGAAGCUGGUCUAGCAAAACUAGACUUUAUGAGUGAUGCAAAUUCAAGAAUGAAAAAGUUCAAUCAACUUAUGAAGAAAGUGAUGGAAAAGUUAUACAAUUUUAUUAUUCCAGAUGUGUCGGAAGAAGAUGAAGACUCAGAGAGCGAGCCGGAGGGCCAAGACAUUGAUGAGCUCUAUCACUUUGUGAAGCAAACACAUCAGCAAGAAACACAGCCCAUCCAGGUGGACGUCCAGCAUCCUGCGUUGACUCCUGUUUUGAGACCCUACCAAAGAGAGGCCGUCAAUUGGAUGCUACAGCAAGAGCGUUUCAGAAGUGCCCCUGCCAGUGAAAACGCCCUGCACUUAUUAUGGCGAGAAAUUGUUACAUCUGAGGGCUUGAAACUCUACUAUAAUCCACACACGGGCUGCAUCGUCCGUGAGUACCCCAGUGCUGGGCCACAGUUGCUUGGUGGAAUCUUAGCAGAUGAGAUGGGUCUUGGAAAGACAGUGGAGGUUUUGGCUCUGAUUCUGACACAUACUCGACAAGAUGUCAAACAAGAUGCUCUCACUCUUCCUGAGGGAAAAAUGGUGAAUUAUUUUAUUCCGUCACAUUAUUCUGGAGGAAAAGUAAAAAACACAGAAACCCAGAAUAUGGAAUUUGAACCAAAAGAAAAAGUUCAGUGUCCCCCCACGCGUGUAAUGAUAUUGACAGCUGUGAAAGAAAUGAAUGGGAAAAAAGGAGUGUCCAUCAUUUCCAUCUAUAAGUAUGUCAGUUCUAUAUACAGAUAUGAUGUUCAACGGAAUAGGAGUCUUCUGAAGCGGAUGCUGAAAUGUUUAAUUUUCGAAGGUCUUGUGAAGCAGAUCAAAGGCCAUGGUUUUUCUGGAACUUUUACAUUGGGCAAGAAUUACAAGGAAGAGAAUAUAUGUGAUAAAACAAAAAAGCAGGCAGUAGGGAGUCCAAGGAAAAUUCAGAAAGAAGCCAGGAAGUCAGGAAACAAGGACGCUGAUUCUGAAUACUUGCCAUCAAACACCUCUGACGAUGAUGAUGACCCUUAUUAUUAUUAUUAUAAGCCCAGGAAAAAUCGUAGUAAAUUAAGGAAAAGGCCUGUUUCAGGCAUAAAAAGAGGAAAGAGUCAACCUGACAUCAAUCCCGACUCACAAGGACAGUGUCCAACUGCCAGUGACUCUGGGAUUACUGAUGUCACUAUGUCAAAAAGUACAUAUGUCUCUGAAGGCAAGUCAGAGCUCAAAGUAGAGGACCAUGCUGAGUCUCUAAGCCUUAGUGGUGGUGAUGGGCCACACUGCAACAUCAAGAGUCCCUGUAACUCCUCUGAUUAUCGCUUCGAGUGCAUAUGUGGCGAACUUGGCCAGAUAGGCCUUAAGCCUCGCGUUCAGUGCCUGAAAUGCCACUUGUGGCAACAUGCAAAAUGUGUGAAUUAUGAAGAGGAGGAUCUGAAGAUUAAACCUUUUUACUGCCCCCACUGCCUUGUUGCAAUGGAGCCAGUAUCAACACGAGCAACUCUGAUCAUCUCCCCAAGUUCCAUCUGUCAUCAGUGGGUGGAUGAGAUCAACAGGCACGUGAGGUCAUCAUCUCUUAGAGUCCUGGUGUAUCAAGGAGUGAAGAAGGAUGGCUUCUUACAGCCUCACUUUUUGGCAGAACAGGAUAUAGUUAUCAUUACCUACGAUGUCCUUCGUUCAGAACUAAACUAUGUAGAUAUCCCACAUAGCAACAGUGAGGAUGGACGUCGCCUACGGAACCAGAAGCGCUAUAUGGCCAUCCCCAGCCCCCUAGUGGCUGUGGAGUGGUGGAGGAUUUGCCUUGAUGAAGCUCAGAUGGUUGAAUGUCCUACUGUAAAAGCUGCAGAAAUGGCUCAGCGCUUGAGUGGGAUUAAUAGGUGGUGUAUCAGUGGCACUCCAGUGCAGAGAGGAUUAGAAGAUCUUUAUGGGUUAGUGGUCUUUCUUGGUAUUGAACCUUACUGUGUCAGACACUGGUGGGUUCGACUUCUCUAUCGCCCUUACUGCAGGAAGAAUCCUCAGCCCCUCUACAGCUUUAUUGCCAAGAUACUGUGGAGGUCUGCAAAGAGAGAUGUGAUUGACCAAAUCCAGAUCCCACCUCAGACGGAAGAAAUUCACUGGCUCCACUUUUCUCCAGUGGAAAGACAUUUCUAUCACCGCCAGCAUGAGGUGUGCUGCCAGGAUGCGGUGGCAAAGCUCAGGAAGAUUUCCGACUGGGCUCUGAAGCUCAGCAGCCUGGACAGACGGACGGUCACCUCCAUCCUGUAUCCACUGCUGAGGCUCAGGCAGGCCUGCUGCCAUCCACAGGCUGUCCGUGGGGAGUUCUUGCCACUCCAAAAAAGCACCAUGACAAUGGAAGAACUGCUGACAUCUCUGCGGAAGAAAUGUGGAACUGAAUGUGAAGAAGCACACCGGCAGCUAGUUUGUGCCCUCAAUGGUUUAGCAGGCAUCCACAUCAUUAAAGAUGAGUAUGCCUUGGCAGCAGAUCUGUACAGGGAAGUGCUGCGCUCAUCUGAGGAGCACAAAGGAAAACUCAAAACUGAUUCACUCCAAAGACUUCAUGCUACCCAUAACUUAAUGGAAUUAUUAGUAGCCAAGCACCCAGGGAUACCUCCUACCUUGCGAGAUGGCAGACUUGAGGAAGAGGCCAAACAGCUGCGAGAGCAUUACAUGAGCAAGUGUAAUACAGAAGUUGCCGAAGCCCAGCAAGCUCUCCAGCCUGUGCAGCAGACCAUACGUGAGCUCCAAAGAAAGAUUUAUCCUAAUUCUCCCUGGUGGCUUAAUGUGAUCCACAGAGCAAUAGAAUUUGCUAUUGAAGAGGAGCUUGUUCAGCGAGUGCGAAAUGAAAUAACCAGCAACUACAAGCAACAAACUGGCAAGCUUUCUAUGUCAGAGAAGUUCCAUGACUGCAGAGGUCUUCAGUUCUUACUUACAACACAAAUGGAAGAGCUAAAUAAAUUCCAGAAACAAGUCAGAGAGGCUGUGAAAAACCUGGAAGGACCACCAUCUCGUAGCGUGAUCGAGUCUGCAACGAUCUGCCACCUCCGGCCAAUCAGAUUUCCUCUCAACUGCUGUGUCUUUUGCAAGGCUGAUGAAUUGUUCACAGAGUAUGAGUCGAAGCUGUUUUCUCACACAGUCAAAGGCCAGACUGCAAUAUUUGAGGAGAUGAUAGAAGACGAAGAAGGACUAGUAGAUGAUCGAGUACCUACCACCAGCCGGGGUCUGUGGGCAAUAAGUGAGACAGAGCGUUCAAUGAAAGCAAUAUUAUCUUUUGCAAAAUCACAUCGAUUUGAUGUUGAAUUCAUUGAUGAAGGAAGUGCUUUAAUGGAUCUCUUUGAAGCAUGGAAGAAGGAAUAUAAGUUGCUUCAUGAAUACUGGAUGGCCCUGAGGAAUCGUGUAUCUGCUGUUGAUGAACUUGCAAUGGCUACAGAACGACUAAGAGUACGCCAUCCUAGGGAACCAAAGCCCAGUCCACCUGUUCUUCAUAUCAUUGAACCACACGAGGUAGAACAAAAUCGUAUAAAACUACUAAAUGAUAAAGCCGUUGCUACAUCACAACUUCAGAAAAAACUUGGGCAGCUUCUUUACCUAACUAACUUGGAGAAGUCUCAAGACAAAACGUCAGGAGGUAUUAAUCCAGAACCUUGUCCGAUCUGUGCACGGCAGCUGGGAAAGCAGUGGGCAGUACUGACCUGUGGGCACUGUUUCUGUAAUGAAUGCAUUUCUAUUAUUAUCGAACAGUACAGUGUAGGGUCCCACAGAAGCUCCAUCAAGUGUGCCAUCUGCCGCCAGACCACAUCUCAUAAAGAAAUCUCAUAUGUCUUCACCUCAGAGAAAGCAAACCAGGAAGAGGACAUCCCUGUGAAGGGCAGCCAUUCUACAAAAGUGGAAGCUGUGGUCAGAACUCUGAUGAGAAUCCAGCUUAGAGAUCCAGGGGCAAAAGCUCUCGUUUUCUCAACGUGGCAAGAUGUAUUGGAUAUAAUUUCAAAAGCCCUCACCGACAACAACAUGGAAUUUGCACAAAUCAGCCGCGUUAAGACAUUUCAGGAGAACCUGUCAGCAUUUAAACAUGAUCCCGAAAUCAAUAUUUUGCUGCUGCCCCUGCACACAGGUUCUAAUGGACUAACUAUCAUUGAAGCAACUCAUGUUCUUUUGGUGGAACCCAUAUUGAACCCUGCCCAUGAGCUUCAAGCCAUAGGGAGGGUACAUCGAAUCGGACAAACAAAACCUACUAUUGUACACAGAUUCUUAAUUAAAGCAACAAUAGAAGAAAGAAUGCAAGCAAUGCUGAAAACUGCUGAGAGGAGAUAAAGAAACUAAGGUUAAGAAGUAGUGAGAAACUUUCAAGUAAACAGUGGAGCCCAGGUCCCCUGACUCCAAAUCUAAUGUUGCUUUACUAAAUCAUAUGUUAUGAUUAAGAAGGCCCAUGGUUGUAAUUUAAUGAUGAGAUGAUUUAAGCAUUUUUUAUGUUUUGUUUCCUAAUAUUCCUUUCUAAACUAAAAUUUUAGGGAAAACUAUUUGAUAUGCUUGAAUUUUUAUUAAAAAAAGAAAAUAUAAACAUACUUACCUGUAUUAGAGGAAAAACUCUUAUUUAUUUCUGUAAGAUAUCAAUUAAAUAAAUAUUUUAGUGGAAAUUGAAAUUUGGGGGUUUAUUUAAUUUCUGAGCCAUAGAACAUAUGGCUUUCUCUUAUUGUGUCUCAACAGAUGUUAAAAUUGCUUAUACUACAGAAUCCUUUAUUUUAUUACAUCUGUUAUUUCUUCAAUACAGUUGUGACAUUUCCUCCAAACAAUUGUCAAAACAAAGACAGAUCUAAUCCUCACAGCUUCUUGGCUACAAACAAAGGACUAUUUUGUUUCCUUCCCCAUCAUUUUAGAUUAUCAGAAAUACUACCAUUCUUAGAAAUAGUUGCUCACUAACAUAAAUGCAUGCUGUACUAAUCAACCAGUCAGGAAAAAUGAAAAGAGAUGGCCCCAGGCCUUAGAAGAGCUUCAGUGUGUUUGGACCUGGGAACCAUUCUCUGUUAAAUGACAGAUAAGCUUAAUAGGACUGAAAAGAUUAUUUAUAUAGAACGUAAAAUACGUAUAUCUGACUCCAAACCCAUUUAGCUUUACUAUAUUUAUUGGAGCUUUAACUUUUUUCUUUGUAUGUGGUCACCCAAAAGAUCCAUGUGUUUCGUUUAGGGAUUGACCCCUUUCAGAUCACUUUAAUAACAACCAGCUAAAAAUUCUUAACAUGAUCAUUCAACAUAUAAUUACAAAUAAUUAUCAAACCUAACUAAUGGUCAGAAUAUUUAGGAAUUGCAUUUAGCAGUGCAAGAUUAAUCAUCAACUCAGGUUACCCUUACAGAUGAACAAAGGAAGAAAUGAUGUCUUCUAAAUCUUCUUCUGCCCUCUUUUAGUAGUUCUCCCAAGAUUUCAUGUGCUUGAGUUUCUUAUGGUUAUAAAACUACAAGACAGCCUUUCAGAAAUACAGAAAUCAUCUGUACUAAAUGACCUCAAGCUUAGUUAAACUGAAUAAAAGCUAUCUUUCAACUCUUCUAGAAUUUAGCUAAACAAAACUCCACAAUAAUAUGCCAUUUGUAAUUUUUAACUGAUAGAUAUAACAAUAUAAAAAUGAAAUGUCAUCGAAACAGCACAGUACAAGCAAUGCAUUUUUAACCCUGCCUACUCUGAUAAAUCUAAUCUUCAAUAAUAUUUCUUCACAGUAGAAUCAGUUAGCACAGUAUUUCUCUGUUUUCUGGAAUCUCCACGUACCUCUGUUGCAGUGAUACUCACAUGAAUGCGUGUCAUAUGUAAGGAUUGAAUAUGAGCCGCCUGCAAGCCUUCCUUCAGCUAAAGGCUAUGAGAGUAAUUGGUAACCCUAAGGGGAACUCAAGUGUCACAGUAGGUGUGUGGUGUUAUCUCUGAGUUGUAGAACCAAAAAAAACCCCAUUGCUGUCGAGUCAAUUCCAACUCAUAGCGACCCUAUAGGACAGAGUAGAACUGCCCCGUAGGGCUUCGAAGGAGCGCCUGGUGGAUUUGGACAGCCGACCUUUUGGUUAGGGGUCAUAGCUCUUAACCAUUACACUACCCUGCCAGGGUUUCCAAGUUAUAGAACAGGUAGUAUCAAGUCCAAAAAGUAGCAUUAAGAACUGAAUCAGUGAACUUGGCACGGACCAAAGUUGCUGUCUCCUGUCUCUUCCCACCUUCAGGCAGCCAUUCAGGGCAUGCAUGUCUUAUAUUUGAAGAGUGGAGAUCCCACACCAUGACUUGGUAUCCUCUUCCAUUGUUGAAUAGUAGUUAGUCUUAAGAUGUUUUUUGUUAUAUGAAACCAAAUCCUCCUGCUGUCGCUUGUACUUUUUUCUCUGCAAAAUGGAAAUAAAUUUAAAUAAUCUCCAUUAUCUGUAUAAUGAUCCUUUGUACCGGUGACUACUGUUAAUAAGUUGUCCGGUAACUUUCUCCUUUUCUGCCUAUCAAAUAAUCCAUCCCUUCAGCCUUUUCUCAAAGGUCUUCCUCUCCAAACCCCAUCAUUAUCUUUGUCUCUGUAGUAAACCUGUUGUUAAUAUUCUGCACCCCUUAUAACACCUAUUAGAGGAAAAUGUCCAAGGAUACACUUUCAGUACAUGGAACCGUUCCAGACCUGUUACUUGUAUGCCGCGACAGUUCUCAUCAUUAGCGUAUAUCCCUUCCGGUGCCUUAAGGAGAAAACAUUUGUCCCCAAAUUUCCUUAGAAAUUUAGUUUCUUCUCACUUUAUCAGUAAUUUAUUUAGAAUACAUCUGCUGAAAUUACCUAGGUUUAUUUUCUUUCAAGACCAUUUAGUGUAUAUUUACUACAUCGCUAAUUUUGUACUCAAACCUGUAAGGCCCCUGCAUACCCUUUCUGUUCUCCUGGCUUUCUAUAAUCAAACCAGUGCUAAUCCAGUUCUGUUUCUAGACCCUGCCUAAAAAUUUCCAUUAACUUGGAUGAGAACAUUAUUACCUGUUGAUAAUAUUGAAUAUAUUUUCCUUCGAACUUCACAGACUGACGUCUUCCUUGGUAAAUGCAAAUCUGUGUUUUAAAAGGGAAUGUAUUUUAGAAUCUGCUCUUGCUUUAUUGCAUCAGAAUGUUUCUAAAAAUGAUUUAGCUAUUAAACUAUUAAAGCAUCCACAUAGAAUGUUCUGUUCACUUAAAACUUCAUCAGUGCUUUUCACUUUUUAAAGUCGUAUUUGAUAAUCAGGUUUCUGCUUGUAUUUUUUGUUUUUGUUGUUGGGUACCGUCGAGUUGAUUUUCAACUCAUAACGACCCCAUGUAACAGAGUAGAACUGCCCUGUAGGGUUUUCUAGGCUGUAAUCUUUACAAAAGCAGAUUGCCAGAUCUUUCUCCCACAGAGCUACUGGGUGAGUUUGAACCCCCAAUCUAUGGGUUAGCAGCCGAGGGCUUAACGGUUGUGCCACCAGGGCUCCUUGCUUGUAUUCUACAGAUGGCCUUUUCUACUCUGCUCCCACGUUCAGCUGAUCAGAGGUUUGGCCACUGGCGUGACAUGGCACAAAUAAACACUUUACAGAGCACUUCUGUCUUCUUAAGGUCUUAACAGUGACUCACUUUAGCAGACAUCUAAUGUAUACAGUGAUUUGUUUUUGAGGGGUGAUCAUUUCUAUCUAGUUUUUCUCUGUGCAUUCAGCAAAGCAUUAGGAAGCUUUCUCAGUAAUGACUCUGGCCUUUCUAACAUUCUGGUAGAGAUUUUUACUGAGUAAACUGUUGUUAGCUGCUGUCGCGUCAACCCCUGACUCAUGGCAACGCCGUGCACAGCAGAACUAAACGCUGCCCAGCUCUGCACUAACCCUGUGAUUUAUUGCAGAUCAAACUGGUUGUGAUCCAUCAUGUUUUCACUGACUGAUUUUCAAAAGUAGAUGGUCUGGCCUUCCUUCCUUCCUGAAAGGUUUAGAUUUAGAGGCAGCAAAGCAUAAAUAAGGAAAGACUAUUUCAUUUUAAUUUCUAUAAUAUGAAUUCUAGGGAUAUGUUCAUCACUUCUCCUAGGAAAGGUAACUGCAGGCUAAAAGAUGAGAGACUAGAAUGUUUAUUUUUGUCUUAUUCACUCAGGUUAUGUGCAAAAUGUAGUCAAUGACUAGCGAAGCUAAAGCACAAAUAAAGCAACGAGAGAAAAGUACCAUAAAUGUUUGUGUUCAGAUGGGCGUGUUGUUAGUUGUCAAGUCAAUUCCAACUCACAGUGACCCCAUGUGACAGUAGAACUGCCCCUUAGAGUUUCCUAGGCUGUAAUCUCCACAGAAGCAGAUCACUAGGUCUUUCUCCCAUGGAGCCACUGGGUGAGUUCAAACCACCAACCUUUUGGUUAGCAGCCAAGCACUUAACCGUGGUGCCACCAGGCCUUACUACAGUAAAAUUUGAGGAGUCCAUGACAACCCAAAUUAUUAGUAAAAUGAGUGUUUUUUAUUCCAACUUCAAAUAUAGGCAUAUAAAGUCCAAUUGUUUGCCUCUAGCAAGCCAGGUAAGUACUAAUUAAACACAAAGAAGGUUUGAAGAGAAAUCCUUAAUCUUUCCCUUCUGCCUGUCUCCUCUGUCAAGUAGAAACAGUAGUACUGGGAUGGUUCCCAUAUGUAAUUCUCUAGAGAGAUUUUAUCAAAACU